GCCACUGGCACUUUGACUACAUCGUUUUCCUUUGGGACUUGCAGGUGGCUUGCGGCAGCGAACUAGCCUUGCAAGGUGCUCCUGGUGGGGACUCAUCGGAGCAAAUGGGAAAGGUCGCAGAGCGUGAAAACAUUUGCUUCUGGCCCAUGCGACCUGACCCUCCGAGGCUCGGAGUUUUCCUUGUGAGCUCCGAGAGGACACAGCAAGGCCGGCUCCGCCAAGGUGCCAUGUCCAGAGGCCCACAAGUUGGCUUCGAAGCCGUGGAAAGUGGACGCAUGCCACGCCCGCCGUCGCUCGGGGCUGCGCCUGCGGCACAGCCAAGGGAAGGUCGCUCAAUUCCCAGUCGAUUGGACAGCCCAAGUCCCCCAGUCCCCAGUGUGGGGAGCUUCGGGGGUCUGGCUACGCUGCCGCUUGGAGAGCAGCUUGGGGUGAAGAACGAUGUGAACGAGACGGUGCUGCGAGCAGUGUCAAGGCUUUCUGACACAGAACUCCAGCUUCGCUCUCUGUCCGGAAGCGAGGAGGAGCAGUUGCGGCAGUUGCGUGCGAGACACCAGCAAAACCUGGAAAGCUUGGGUAUGCUUCAAAAGUCCAUGCUGGUACCUUCUGCUGCGGCUCCGUUCGAUGCAAUGACGCGUGAACGCACCGGCUUCGUGGAACCAAGCCCACGAUCGAUGCAACUUCACACCUUGCCAGGUGCUUCUGCGUUGCUGGACCUGGCAAAUGCGAGUGCUUCGUUUCCUGAGACCAGUGGACCAACCGGGCUAGGUGCAGGACCUUUGCCACCAACGGAGGGUUUCCUUUCUUGGUCUCCCCAACCACCCAGCCCUCCGAGCCCACAAAGGCCUGAACCAAGAGCUCCCGAGAUACCAUUUAGUGCCCUCACGCAGACAGCUGGCCCACUGCCGCCGCCCAGCCAGUGGAUGUCAGAAGAUGCCACAGAAAGCCUGGCUGGCGAGCUUAUGCACAGAAAGGUCGGCAUGUUUAAGCUGUGA